AUGGGCAAGGUUAUCUUCUACGAGGAAAAGAACUUCCAGGGUCGUCACUAUGAGUGCAGUAGUGACUGUUCCGAGAUGCAAACCCACUUCACCCGCUGUAACUCGAUAAAAGUGGACAGCGGUUGUUGGGUGGCCUACGAGAAGCCCAACUAUGGCGGCUACCAGUACAUGCUGAACAAGGGCGAGUACCCCGACUACCAACGCUGGGCCGGCUUCAAUGACUGCAUCCGCUCCUGCCGCAUGGUGCCGACUUAUAACGGCAACUACAAGAUGAAGAUCUUCGAGCGUUCCGACUUUGGAGGCCAGAAUAUGGAGCUGAGCGAUGACUGUCCCGAUCUGAACGAGCGUUUCCACACCCGUGACAUCUCCUCCGUCAACGUCAUGGAGGGCUACUGGAUUCUGCAUGAACACCCCCACUACAGGGGACGCCAGUUCUUCCUGCGCCCUGGAGAGUACAGGAGGCACAGCGAGUGGGGAAGCAACAGCCCAACCAUCGGCUCUCUGAGACGUAUCACUGAGCUCAACUGA